ACCAGCUUGGCUUUCCUUCCCACCACUGAAGGAUUCCUUAACGCCAAGGCCAUGGAGGGCUUCUGGAAAUGCUGGGUGCUGCUCAUAGCACUCUACUUGGCUUCCUACCAGGCUGCUGCAAGUCCUCUGUCCUGGCAGAAAGAGUGCCAGGAGGGCCCAGAAUCAUGGUGUCAGGAUUUCCCAACUGCAGUGAAGUGUGGGGCCUUGGAUUACUGUCAGCAAAUGAUGGGUCUUAACACCCAAGUGAAGACCUUCAAAUGUGCUAUGUGUAAACUAAUGGUGGUAAUGAUGGCAAAGGUCAUGCAAGACAAUUCCACAGAUGAAAUAAUCAGUAAAUUUUUGGAGAAGGGAUGCGAUUAUCUUCCUUUUCAGGACUGGUUAGUCAAAUGCAAGAAGAUGGUGGACACUGGAGUUAUAAUUCUAACACAGCUUGGAAAGCAAGUGCAGGAUAGGCCUGAAAUAGUAUGUGGUGCCUUUAGGUUGUGCAGCUCUCGAAGAGCCUCCGAAGGAGCUCUGAAGUUCCAGAAGUCUGAUGGAGUGCCUGAACUGGACUUCCCUGAAAUGAUGUCUCCUUUCAUAGCUAAUGUGCCUUUCCUCCUGUACCCUCAAGAAGAUCCCUAUCUUGAGCUUCGGGAGGCAGAAAACCCCUGUGGAGACUGUGCGGCACUAGUUGUUGAAAUGCAGGAAGCCGUGAAGCGCAGCCCCAUCCUUAUGCAGUCUCUAGUGAUUUAUGUCAAACAGCACUGUGAUCUAUUGGGCUCCAACUUAGCAGCUGAGUGCAAGAAGUAUGCCUUUGAAUAUUCCCAUGUAUUUGUGCAGUUGCUGACAUACUUGUUGGAUAGAGAACCAAAGCAUAUUUGUAGCAAAGUUAGAUUAUGUGACUCUGUAAAAUCUGAGCCGCUAUAUUCUUUGGAACCAGCAGCUAACCGCCUUCAUGACUUGGAUACAGCAAAGUCCGUAGAGAAAACAUCAAGUGAAGAAAAGUCCCACUUUGUGUGUGACAUAUGCAAAAAAAUGGUUGCGACAGCAGAGAACCUGGUGGAGAGCAAUGCAACAGAAGAGAAAGCAAUCCAUGAACUGAUAAAAAUCUGCUAUAUGCUGCCCCAUGACAUCAUUUCCCCCUGCAAGGACUUCAUUCACACCUAUGGGAAGGCUGUUGUUGUCAUGAUUCUGGAUGCAACUAGCCCUGAGUCCGUGUGUAUUCUGUUGAAAUUCUGCCCUAGAAACAUCUCUUUAAGCACUGAGAGUAUACCAUUGGACCAGCUAUCAAAACACGCUAAGAAAUCCCAUGAUGGUCAAUUCUGCCAUGUCUGUACAAUUCUAGUUAAAUAUAUCGAUGAUGAGUUGGAAAAGAAUGAAACACAGGCAGCGAUUGGAACUGCACUUACCAAGGGUUGCAAAUUAUUGCCAGAAGCUUUGGAGUAUACAUGUGAUCAACUUAUGGUGGAAUAUGAACCAGCUGCUGUACGCCUCCUGGUACAGAUCAUGGAGCCGUCGUUUGUGUGCACCAAAAUAGGAGUCUGUCCUGAAUCCCACCUUAUUGGCAUGGAAGCCUGUGUCCGAGGCCCUAGCUAUUGGUGCACAAAUAUGGAGACUGCAACUCAGUGCCAGGCCGCUGAAUACUGCAAACGUCAUAUAUGGAACUAGAAGAAGCUCUUUCAUUGGAGAACAUUGGCUAUGGUUUUUGAUGAAAGCAUCCUUGAAUUAAACAGUUAUUGUUUAAUGAUAUAGUUUAACUAUAAUUAAUUAAUUAAACACUGUGAGCUCUUUGGGGACAAAUAACUAUUUCCCCAAACGUUUUGCUGUGUAACCCGCUUUGAGAACUCUUGUUGAAAAGCGGUAUAUAAAAUUUAAUAAUGAACUUGGAAGAACCCCAUCUUCUUUUCCUACCUUCGGUUUAGCUUGCAAUGUGGCUGCACAGUGGAUGUCAGCAGUGCUUAAGAAGAGGAAAAGUUGUACCUUUUGUUCAUAACUCUCCAAAUCACCACAAGCUUUUGUCUUUUGAGCCAUGGUGGGGAAAGGGAUGCUGGGAGGGCACACUCCUUAGAAUGAGUGUUAUUUCAGUGUGAAUAAAUUGCCUUAUGACUAACUAUAAAAUAACAAUAUUCUUGUAACUUGGGGGAGAAAAUUUAAGGUUUUGACAGGUACCAAGGGCUGCAAACUCAAUUGAUAUAAACUAGUAGUGCUCCAUUAGGUUGAGUGAAGUUUUUCCCCUCACACAUGCUGUAGAUCUAGCCUUUAAAAGUUCUUUCAAAGCACAUCUAUACUGCACAUUGGGACCACUUUCUAAAUGGCUUUAAUCUAUCAUACCUUUCUACAAGAAGCCCUGGUAAUUGCAGGUGCAUGAUGGCUGGGUAGCAUGAUUAUUGGAGUAGGCAAGUCACCACAAAGAGCUUUUCCUCCUCAUUUUUUUGUCUGGUCUGAUCUUGUGACAGUUCCCCACAUGUUAAGAAAGCAGGUUUAAAGAUAAAUACCAUCUCCUGUCACUGACUGAGGACCAAACUACAUGUGAUAUUUAAAGCACCAUUAACUCUGACCAGCUUAGUCAAUAGCAACCAGACCUUCACAGACUGGGACCAUAAUGGAAGUAGGGGGACUUUAACCUUCUGCCCGCUGCAGUCUGACCUUCAGGGGGCCUGAUCUGGCUCAUUAGGCAGAAAAAGCUACCGCUGGACCCAGUAGAAGCGUUCCCCAGAAUAGUAACCACAUUUGGGAUCCCCACAGCCUGGGACAGUGGGGGGGGGGGGUAGGGGUCAAUCUCUCUACCUCCACCACAGUCCUGAUCUGCAAGAGUUCCAAUUCAGCUGCUAUUGACUAUGAAAAAGGAAGCAUGUUGGGGUUAAUAAUACUUCAGAAGCCAUAAGUAGUUUGGCCUUCCAACCACUGCUCUACCCAGUCCAGAAGCUCUCCAAAUUCUCAAGCGGAGCUCUUUCCCAUUCUUUAACUGGAGAUGUCCUGAGAUAUUGAGUCCUUUUUCAUGACUGGUGAAAAAGGGUUCGAGGGAGAGCAGGGAGGAAGGCUGCUUGUACUUAGCUCCCCGCAGACAAUCUCUCUGCUCUCCGGCAACAGCCAGCAGCUCAGAGAGUUGGAGGCUGGGAUGCAUCAUCCCAGCCCCCAGAACACCCAUAAUGCACCAUGCAAGUGUGCCUUAUGGGGAUCCCCCCCCCCCACUGGAUGGUGUGUGGGUGCCAAGUGGAGGUAAGGGCAUGGUUGAGCCCUUAACCCUGGCUAACAGGUGGGUCUCCUUGAGGGGUUUGCUGCUGAGCUACCAGCAGGAGCUGCAGGGCUCCUGGCAGUUCUCAUCUGCAGGCAAAACUGGGCUUGGCUUCCUUAGCCCAGUUUUGCCUGCUCAUAAGAACAGCCUCAUAAUAUGCUUUCUACAUGUGGGUAUUUUCAUGAGGCUACGUUCCACCUAAUGGCGCAGCGGGGAAGUAAUUUGCCUAGGGAGCAAGAGGUUGCUGGUUUGAAUGCCUGCUGGUAUGUUCCCUAGGCUAUGGGAAACACCUAUAUCGGGCAGCAGCGAUAUAGGAAGAUGCUGAAAGGCACCAUCUCCUACUGUGUGGGAAAUGGCAGCGGUAAACCCCUCCUAUAGUCUACCAAAGAAAACCACAUGGCUCUGGUCACCAGGAGUCUACACACCGACUUGACGGCACAACUUUUUACUUUACUUUUCCACAUGAAAACUAAAGGGGAAAUAACCUACCUUUCCACCUCAUUCAUGGCUGUCUAGCCCUGAAGCUACUGAGAAAUCGGAAAGGGCUGCCACCCCUUCACAUGACUUAAAUUUUGCAUGCCAGUUAAACUUGAGUAAGCCCAUAGUGCCAUAGCCCAUAUGUCAAAAAGAGUCUGAAAAUAAGAUAAUUAUCUGUGGUUUCCUGCUUGUGCACAUUAAAUAUGGGCCAAUAGUGGAGGAUGUACCACUUUAAUUUGUAAAGCUUAAAUUUGCCUUCAGUUCAGCCCUAACGUUUUGAGGGACAUAUGUGCACUGGCCUGCCCUGCUUCAAUUUUAGCUGCAUGCAGCAAUGAAUGGUCCCAAUGAGAACAUGUAUCCCUAUCAAAAGCCACAUCUAGCUGGUUCAGCAGGCACAGAUGGGUACCAUGAUACUAGGGAUGCACAUUCACAUCAGAUGCAUAUGUAAGAGUGUACUUUCUCACAUAGAUUAGAUUUGGGUGGGUAUGUAUCCUGGGUGUUAGUAGGACAGAAAACCAUGGUUCUUAAUUUUUCUAUUGGAUGGAUGGGUUUAGGUUUCUAAAAAUGCCUAGUAUUUAAAAGCCAACCAUCGAGGCAACAAGUGACUGCUAUUCCUAAUAGUCAGAUGGGAUGUUGAGCAGUGAAGAAAGAAGCAAGCGUUUCAUUUAGGGUUUCUUUAUACUGCAGGAUAAGGGGAAAGUGUAUGACUUACCAGAAUAUGUUUAAAGACAAAUUCCAAGGUCAUUGGUUUAACUCUAUUAUAACUUGCAGCUGUGGAGACAGUUGAAUGUAUGAAUGGGCACCUCAGAGUCAUAUACAGGUAGAUGACGUAUUUGAUGGUAAGCACUGACUACUGUACAUGCAUCUGUAUUUUUAAUAGCUGUGUAGAAGAGGGAAUUUUAACACAUGAUGCAGUGACGAAAAUUUUUGCUAUCCAUGACACUUCCCUUUUCUACACUGCUAUUCAGGGUAUACAAGCCCUGUUCUUUAUUGAGUUGGGUUACGGUUACUUGUAGGGAGAGGGCAGACUGAACUUUUAUUGUGAAUUUGUAUUUCCCCACACUUCUUAUGUAUGACCAUGGACCAUGCUCAAUAUGAAAGAAACUGAUGAGAAAAUAUCCAGUUGAACAUAAAAGAACAUCAUCAUGAGCAUUCUACCAAGGCUUCUGUAGUUAAGAAACAUUAAAGGAUUUAUAAAUUUGA